GAAACCUCAACAAGACCAUUUAUUACUUUUAUAUCUAUCUAAGUAAUUGUAAAGAUGAUCCAUUGUGAUGUUGCACUAGAAGCUUUGACUGCACUCUGCAAUGCCAAUGUAACUUGUCCUCAAAACCAAUCAAAAUCUGUUCAUCAAAGAGACAUAAGCGGUGGUUGUCGAGCAGCACAGGAGCCCCUCCACAUCAAUAAUUUCAUCCAUACAAUCUUGAAGGGAGAUGAAACCUGCCAGGUGUCAAGAUGCAACUUUUUCCACCUCCAAAGCUUCUUGCAAUGUGGUGUAAAGGUAGCACGCUUUGCCCCAGAGAUCCACGUGGACACUAAAGGAGUAUUCAAAGGAAGUUACUAUAUCAACAAGGAUGAAUUCUUUGAUCCACGAUUCGACUACGAUUUCACCAAUUUGAAAGACACAGAGUGUUAUUGCAGAGGUGGAGAGGUGUAUGAACGCCCAUGUGGAUGGCAGCGUUUUGCCCUCAAGGUUCUGGAUAAGUAUGAUGGAAAUACCUGGCUGGGAACCCAAUACCGCAGCACACAGUCAGUGCCAGGAGAGUGGCCUGUGUCCUACCAUGGGACAUCAAAGGCAGGUGUUGAUGGCAUCAUCGAAGGAUUCUACAAGCCAGGACCAGGUCAGGCAUAUGGCAGGGGGAUUUACUCCACUCCAUUCAUCGCUGAAGCAAUCUCAUACGCCAAAACAUUCACUUCCCAAAAGACGGGCAAGAAGUACCUAGUGAUUCUGCAGAAUCGAAUCAACCCUGCCUACAGAUACAAAUACAACAACGACAAGUACUGGCUGGUUCCCAUCCCGGCAGGAAUAUCAGUGACUGAAGAGCACAAGAUGGUGGAAAGGGCCAUCCGUCCUUAUGGCCUCCUGUUGAAAGAGGUCUAACAGGCUGAGAAAGGUCACAAGAAAACCCACAAAUUUGACCAAUUAUUGGUUUCCUUUGCUUUUUUGAAAAGCCAGUGGCUGUCUUGUCUUUUAAGCAUACUAAAGCAAAAAUACUCUGAUGGUGUCAAAUGUAAUGUUUCAUUUGAAUAUAUAGAUGAAUAUGUAACGUCAAUAUCACAGUUAUAUUUAGUGUGAAUAUCCUGUACUGAAAUUUCUUCUUCCUUUAUUACAUUUUUUGAUAACUUGCUUUUAUUCCUAAGCUUAAAAGUAGGAGUAAAUUUCAUGAAUUCUCAGCACGUAACCCUCCCUUUAACAUAUCCCUUUAAGUCUAAAAUGGCACUUUGAGAAGCUUGAUAAAUACCGGCCCUCAUCUAUAUGAAAAGUGCCCUGAGAAAAAUUCUGUUAUUCUGUAGUAAAGCAGCAUGUUUGGCUCUAUAUAAAUACAUUUUAAGUGAAAAUGUUUGUACUGUGUUAGAAUUUCUGAUUGUCUACAAACCCUAGAAGGCCUAAUACAAAGAGAGUUCAAAUCUAUAUACAAUGAACGUUAAUAAAUUCUGUCUCCUAGUUCUUUUUAACUUACAUGACAGAAGCAGAAUACACAAAAAUAAUUCCCCACCAAAAAGACGAGCAAGAUAUACUAAGUGAUUCUGCAGAAUCGUAUCAACCCACACAUACAGGUCAGAAUAAAACCCACAAAUUUGACCGCUUAUUUGUUUCCUCACUUGCUUUAUUUUUGAAAAGCCAUUAGGUGUGGUGUAUUUGAAGCAUAAACUUUAUCAAUGCAAGUCAGUUCAAUAAACUCUCUGAUGUUGUAA